CCCGCCGCGGCCCCGCGGCGCGGGCCCGCCGCAGCGCAGCCGCUCUGAGUGACUCUUGAUGGAAGAACACGGAGUGACCCAGGCAGAGCACAUGGCUACCAUCGAGGCCCACGCCGUGGCCCAGCAGGUGCAGCAGGUGCACGUGGCCACCUACACGGAGCACAGCAUGCUGAGCGCCGACGAGGACUCGCCCUCCUCGCCCGAGGACACCUCCUACGACGACUCCGACAUCCUCAACUCCACGGCUGCCGACGAGGUCACCGCUCACCUGGCUGCUGCAGGCCCUGUGGGGAUGGCAGCAGCUGCUGCCGUGGCAACGGGGAAGAAACGGAAGCGACCUCACGUUUUUGAGUCCAACCCCUCCAUUCGGAAGAGGCAACAGACACGUUUGCUCAGGAAGCUCCGGGCCACGCUGGAUGAGUACACCACCAGAGUGGGGCAGCAGGCCAUCGUCCUGUGCAUCUCACCCUCCAAACCCAACCCUGUCUUCAAAGUAUUCGGUGCUGCACCCUUGGAGAACGUGGUACGCAAGUACAAGAGCACCAUCCUGGAAGACCUGGAAUCGGCGCUGGCCGAGCACGCUCCGGCCCCUCAGGAGGUCAACUCGGAGCUGCCUCCCCUCACCAUCGAUGGCAUCCCCGUCUCCGUGGACAAGAUGACCCAGGCACAGCUGAGAGCCUUCAUCCCCGAGAUGCUGAAGUAUUCCACGGGUCGUGGGAAGCCAGGCUGGGGCAAGGAGAGCUGCAAGCCCAUCUGGUGGCCCGAGGACAUUCCGUGGGCCAACGUCCGCAGCGACGUCCGCACGGAGGAGCAGAAGCAGCGGGUCUCCUGGACCCAGGCCCUGCGGACCAUCGUGAAGAACUGCUACAAGCAGCACGGGCGCGAGGACCUGCUCUACGCCUUCGAGGACCAGCAGACCCCGCAGACCACCACCACGCACAGCAUCGCCCACCUGGUGCCCUCCCAGACCGUGGUACAAACCUUCAGCAACCCCGACGGCACCGUGUCCCUCAUCCAGGUUGGCACCGGUGCCACGGUGGCCACACUGGCCGACGCCUCCGAGCUGCCCACCACGGUCACCGUGGCGCAAGUCAAUUAUUCUGCGGUGGCUGACGGAGAGGUGGAGCAGAACUGGGCGACGCUACAGGGUGGGGAGAUGACGAUCCAGACGACGCAGGCCUCCGAGGCCACGCAGGCGGUGGCCUCCUUAGCGGAGGCGGCGGUGGCGGCGUCGCAGGAGAUGCAGCAGGGAGCCACUGUCACCAUGGCACUCAACAGUGAAGCCGCUGCCCACGCCGUAGCCACGCUGGCCGAGGCCACCCUCCAAGGAGGGGGACAGAUUGUCCUGUCUGGGGAAACUGCAGCAGCGGUUGGGGCGCUCACCGGAGUCCAGGAUGCCAAUGGCCUUGUGCAGAUCCCGGUGAGCAUGUACCAGACCGUGGUGACCAGCUUGGCCCAAGGCAACGGCCCCGUGCAGGUGGCGAUGGCGCCGGUGACCACGAGGAUAGCGGACACUGCCGUCACCAUGGACGGGCAGGCGGUGGAGGUGGUGACCUUGGAUCAGUGA